AUGCUGUGCUCUUAUUUACGUCCCUCUCUCCCUCACAUUUUGCCGGUGAGGCUCCUGAGUUCUGCGGCCUCCAGGGUGGCAGCGGUGAAACAGCAUGAACUGCUCUCAGACACUCUGGCCUUUGAGGACCCCCGUGCCUUCAAGGUGAAGAGUCUGGGUGAGCUGCUUCGUGCUCUGGGCGUUUUCCGCCUCUGCUCCUUCCCAGUGCUGGUUAAUAACUGUGGAAAGUUGAUGUCGGUGGCACGCACGCUCCUGGGGAAAAGGGGGUUUUCCUUGCUGCUGAGGCCCACUGUGUAUGCCCAGUUUGUGGCUGGAGAAAAUGAGGCUGAAAUCUCGCAGUCCAUGCAGAAGAUGAGCAUGCAUGGACUGAGACCCAUGCUGGCCGUGCCGAUCGAGGAGGACCUCGGAGAAAGCACCGGUGAGAAAAGAUACGACGACAACAUGGACACCAUGCUGGAGUGUGUGCGAAUGUCCCACAGCAACGCUUGGAGCAAAGACCCGAUGAUGCAGCUGAAGAUCACAGCGCUGCUCAGCCCAGAGCUGUGUGUAAAACUCACAAACGUCAUCAGGCAACAGCCAUAUGAUCUGAAUCUCCUCAUCAGAUCAAUGGAUGGUGAGCCAAUCAGCUUCCCCGGUUUAGAUGAAAAGGAAGCUGCCCACUUACGAUCUGGCCUACUGAGACUCAACAAGAUAGCUGAGGCAAGUGUGAACAAAGUCAGAGUCCUGGUUGAUGCUGAGUACACCUACAUGAACCCUGCCCUCUCUCUUGUCACCAUGGCAAUGAUGAAGAAAUUUAACAAAGAUGGUACCUGGAUCUGGAACACAUAUCAAUGUUACCUGAAGGACUCCAGGUCUGUCCUCUUAGAUGCGCUGUCUCUAUCCAAGAAUGAGGGCUUCUGUUUGGGCGUCAAGCUGGUGAGAGGAGCCUACAUGGACAAAGAGAGAAAACUAGCGAUGAAAGAGGGUCACCAGGACCCCAUCCAUCAGAGCUGGGAGGACACCAAUGACAGUUAUAACGGAUGCCUUGAUGUGAUGCUGGACGUCAUAUCCCAGGAACCUGAGCAGUACAGGAUCAUACUGGCCACUCACAACGAGGAGUCAGUGAGACGAGCUGUGAAAAGAAUGGAGGAGUUGGGGAUAGACAAAGAUGGAGGCUCAGUGUGUUUCGGUCAGCUGCUGGGCAUGUGUGACCACGUCUCCCUUACACUGGCUAAGGAGGGUUACUCAGUGUACAAGUCAGUGCCCUAUGGCUCAGUGGAUGAAACGCUGCCCUACCUGGUGCGCAGAGCUCAGGAGAACCGCACGGUGUUGCAGGGAAUCCGGAAAGAAAGAGACCUACUGAGGAAAGAGCUCAAUCGGAGACUCCGGCUGAGUUUAAGGGGAGACAGCUAA